AUGGCGAUCACAGAAUUUUUUAAAUUGUUUUUUAAUGGUUGCACUAUCUUUUUCAAGAAUGUCCAUGCACUCGAGAAUCAAGCAGUCACUCUUCUUAUUGACAUAAGUGAUGAAGCUUUUUAUGAGUUAGUUAUCGUCUCUUUCUUCAAAGUCUACCCAUUCAUAUUUGAAGGAAUAGUAAAGUUAAGUUAAAUAAAUCUUAUAAUCUCUUUAUUCGCAAGCAGAAUUUACUUAGACCUCAUCCAAUAUCAUUGCAAAUAGCUAUUCUUCACUCAUACUUUCAAAGGUAGCGUCAUCGACAGAGUUUGGAAGGCUACUCAUUGA